AUGGUAAGAGCAGAAAUACCUAAACUAGAAUGUGAACCACAGUUGCAUGAAGCUGUUGUAAGACAUAUGAUCCACGGACCUUGCAGCAUAAUCAACCGGAAGUCUCCAUGUAUGAAAGACGGACAUUGUAACAAAAGGUAUCCCAAACAAUUCUUGGAUGAAACACGUCAAGGCACUGACUCAUAUCUCGAGUAUAGGAGAAAGUUUGAUGAGUCUGUAUCGUUAGGUAAAGAUAGGUCUGUCGAUAAUAGAUGGGUGGUUCCUUAUAACCCUUGGUUACUGUUAAAGUAUGACUGUCACAUCAAUGUAGAGAUUUGCAGUAACAUUAAAAGUAUCAAGUAUCUAUACAAAUAUGUGUACAAGGGUCCUGAUCGUGUGGUUAUGGAGGUUCAUAAAGGAUCAUACAUGGAUGAAGUUCAGCAAUAUGUUGAUGCAAGAUGGAUUUGUGCUCCCGAGGCAUUAUGGAAAAUAUUUUGA